AUGGCUGCCCUGGGGGAUGAGGUGCUGGACGGUUACAUGUAUCCGGCGUGCGUCCCCUACUCGUACCCGUACCCCUACCCGCCGGCCGCCAAGAGCAAGGGCGAGGCGGGCGGGGGUGGCUGGCGGCACCGUGGCGGGGGCUACGCUCCCGCGUCCUCCUCCUCGUCGUCCUCCUCUGCCGGGGCGGCCGUGUCGUCUUUCCCGGGCUGCGGGCAGCUGACGGCCGCCGAGUACUUCGACAGCUACCAGCGGGCGCAGCUCAUGGCCCUCCUGUCGCAGGUGAGCCCGGGCCUGGGCCCGCGGCCCCGCAGGGCCAGCAGCCGGGACGUGGCGGUGCAGGUGAACCCGCGCCGCGACGCCUCGGUGCAGUGCUCGCUGGGGCGGCGCACGCUGCUGCGCCGGGUCCGCGACUCCGCUCCCCUGGCCGGCCCUGGCCUCGAGGGAGCGGCGGGGCCGGGGUUGUCGCCGCGGGACACAGGGGCGGGCGAGGGAGCCCGGUGGCGCGCGCCCAGGAGCCCGGAGCAGCCCCCGCCAGUGGGGCGGACGGAGGACGCCGCGGCAGAGAGGUCGUCGCCCGGGAGCCCCGAGCAGGCCAAGGAGCGGCCGCGCUUCCAGUUCUUAGAGCAGAAGUAUGGCUACUAUCACUGCAAGGACUGCAACAUCCGGUGGGAAAGUGCCUACGUGUGGUGUGUGCAGGGCACCAACAAGGUUUACUUCAAGCAGUUUUGCAGAACUUGUCAGAAGUCUUAUAACCCUUACCGAGUGGAGGAUAUCACCUGUCAGAGUUGUAAGCAGACUAGAUGUUCCUGCACUGUAAAACUCCGCCACGUUGACCCCAAAAGGCCCCAUCGUCAAGAUUUGUGUGGGAGAUGCAAAGGCAAACGCCUGUCCUGUGACAGCACUUUCAGCUUCAAAUAUAUCAUUUAAAUAAAUGUAAAAAAAAAAAAAAAAACCAAAAAAACCACAGUCCUACUUGAACGUGAGCUAAUGCAGCAGACAAGUUAGCUUUUUUCCAUGCUCCUUUCUGCCUCUCCCUUC